AUGGCCGCCACCGGGUCGCACCCGGCCACGCCUUCGACAGGAGCCGCUCCCGUCGAGGCUACCGCGAGCGCUUCUCGCCAUGCCGCAAGCGCCGCCGCCACAUCAGCCGCCGCCGCGGGCCCUCGAUCCCCCCGCAACAAUGACGCCGCCGUGGCCCAGGUCCACAGGACCCUGCAAGCCCUAGUGCACUCUCUAGGCUCUCAACAUCAGCUCCAAUCGCAGAUUGCCGAGCUUGAACGCGAGAUAAACGCUGCCCUUCGGCUCAUCCCGGACAGGGGCCGCUCACAUGGUUCGUUACGCGCGCACGAGACCCAGUCGCCUUCUCGUGACCUUGCGACCGAUUUUUCUUUGCUCGCUCCCUCGCCCGCGGCGCACCCGUCUGCCCGCGAUGGCGAAGUGGCGUUUGGCCUGGCCUCCAAUCGCCCUCUACCCCGGCUCCCGAGAGAGCCCGUGCACGAAUCGCUCUCUCACGACUCUCGUUAUCGUCAUGGCUAUUUGAGCUCUCUCGCACAUGACGAUAGAGCCACCACGCCCAGGCGCUCUCCCAUGGAAGCAGUGGAUGCAUCCCAAUUUGGUGUUGCCUUUGGCACCAAUGCGCCACCACGGGCCGGCUCUCGGACUCAACCACCCCACCACGUUUGGCACCGAGCCUACCAAACCUCAACCAAGUGGGAGUCCUAUCGCGGUGACAGCAAGAAAGGUCUCGACUCCCUCAAAGAAAAUGUCAACUCGGCCAUUGUUCUUCUCCAAGCCGAGCCAUUGCUGCAUAUGGCCACCCUCGAUCUAGAGGGCUGCACCGCCGCUCCCAGUAAGAGCCGCUUCUACAUGCCUCGCCACCAUCCCGCUUCCAUCACUGCUAUCAAGUCUGUCUUGCCAGAUGCCGUGCGCGAGACGGCCAACACGGGCAUGACGGUCUUGGGAACGCCGAUUGGCCGUCGCGAGUGGAUGAAGAAGCAGCUGAACGACAAGGCAAAGCACAUUGCUGGCAAGCUCAAUGACAUGCUGACGACCGGUGUCUCGCUUCAGGCCCUCCUCACGGCCAUGCAGUACGUGCCUAGCCUCAUCAACCACCUCUACACGCUGCCCCCAAGUCUCACGUCGGGCUUGUCCGAGCUCUUGAACCGUGCUUGCAAGGACACCUUUGUCAAAGCCUUUUUUGCCAAGGUAAACCUGUCUGCACCAGCUGGAGCCGAAGUAUUAAAGGUAUAUGUCCAGUACAGUGUAAUGUGUGUGGACAAGGCGAUUGUCACAGAGGUAUCCAACCAGUCGAAGUGUACACGAGAACAUGGAUUGAAGCAAGGCGAAGGAACAAGACAGAACAAGACAGAAGGAGGGAAGUGGAACGACCGAGGUCAAGAAGGAAAAUGGUACCGAUCCAGGGAGAUCGCUCCCAUUUAUAGCAGAGCUGAAAGCAAAGCUGUGCAACCCCGACAUCAAAAUCACGACGGCACGCAAAACAACACAAGAGAACAAGACAUUUUCAUCGGCUUCUAUCAUGCCGAAAAGUACAAGCGCGAAGAAUCACGCACAAGGAAACAAAAAUCAUGA